UGGUCGCAACGCCUCAACAUACAAACAGAAGAGAUGCCUAUGUCACCCCAGAUGUGAAAGCAUGGAAUUGGACAAUAAAAUCCGAGAUCUGAUUGAGAGGAAUGCUUCUCCCGAUCUUAAAGGGGCGACCCUGGGAGCCACACCAAGUCACAGAAAUUCAUGUUCCCUAAAGACCUCAGGAAAAACAGCUUCCACGGCACAUCUUGCACAGGGAACAACUAGAAUGAGUGCUGCAGAAGGUUCUAUGGAGCAUGCAGAGUAUGAUCAAUCAUCAAGCAGAAAGAACUUGACAAAUUCUCUUGAACAAAAGAUAAGGUGUUUGGAAAAACAGAGAAAAGAGCUCCUGGAAGUCAACCAGCAAUGGGAUCAGCAAUUCAGAAGUAUGAAGGAGCUAUAUGAAAGAAAGGUCGCCGAGCUGAAAACGAAACUGGACGCCGCCGAAAGAUUUCUCAGCGCGCAGGAGGAGGAGCGGCAACAGAGUCAGAGAGAGAGCGACAAGCGGCUCGAGCUGACCCGCGAACGGCUGCGGCGCCAGGAGAAGGAAAAGGAGAGCCUACACGAAGAAUUACACGAAUUGAAGAAAGAAAAUAAGUUCUUGAAGGAAAAAAAUGCUCUUGUGAACAAGAAGAAGGAACAUUAUGAGUGUGAAAUAAAACGCCUCAAUAAGGCUCUUCAAGAUGCCUUGAAAAUCGAGUGUUCUGCAUUUUCAGAGGACUGUUUGGGAAAGUCUGCAAUGGAGUGCAGGCAUGAGGAGAUGCGAACAGAAAUGGAAGUUCUCAAACAGCAGGUGCAAAUAUAUGAAGAAGAUUUCAAAAAGGAGCGAUCAGACCGAGAAAGACUUAAUCAAGAGAAAGAGGAGCUGCAGCAAAUUAAUCGAACUUCUCAAUCCCAGUUGAACAGGCUGAAUUCUCAGAUAAAGGCUUGUCAGAUGGAGAAAGAAAAACUCGAAAAGCAAUUAAAACAGGAUCCAUGCGCACCAGCAGGCCCUGGAGCUGCACGGGAUCAACAGAAGCCCCCACCAGACUAUCAGUGGUAUGCUCCUGACCAGUUUCCGCCAGAUGUGCAGCACAAGGCAGAUGGUUUCUCCUCAGAAAAGAAAGUCAAUCAGUAGAAGCACACACAAGUAGAGGAACAUUCGGGCCAGAGGGAGAGCUUGGCUGACGACCCUCAUUUUUCUUUUUACUGGUGGCUUAUGUUGACACAACUGCACAUCCUCUACUCCAUGAUUCGUGCGUGGUAGUGUUUCCCUUUGGCACGGAGAGAGGAAAAGACUUGGGACAGCUAAGAUCCUGAUCAAGUCUGAGAAGCCAGCAUUACACGACCAAAUGCAAUGUCCAGUUUCCUCGAAAUGAGAUUUGGCAGCUGGAUUAUGCACCAUUCUUUGAAACUCUCUUCGGCAUAUUGUUGUUGGACUUACAGAGGCUGAUCUCAUGAUUUCAGCAACUCCACUUUUGGUACAGUGAUAUCCUAUGUUGAUUGAAAUAUAUAUUCCCUGGGGGAAGAGUUACUGCAGUUAUAAAUUUGUAACAUUGCUCCCAUGAUUUCUGUCGGGGCUUGGUUCUUUAGCCAGCGUGACUAGGUACUGUGCUCGUCAUUAUUGGUCUUGGUGAACCUAUGAAUAGGACUGAAGACAUGUAUAGACCUCCUUAAACUAAGUGGAUGGUUCAGUCUGAAUAAAAUGGUAACCUUGAAACUAUGCUUUGAACAGAUCAUUCCCAUAAGGCAGAUGGAGAAAUUGUGAGCUUCCUUCAUUCUUCGGUGGGAUAGUUUAUGAAAGACAAAACUCCACUGUGAUGUUGAUGGCUUCGCUGUGUUCAUAUGUACUACAGUAGUAGUUUGGAGACACAUGGAUUUAGGGUGGAAUCUGUUUUUAUUUCCCAUGGAUUUGAGUAACUAUUGAUGAAUAACACGUCUGACUCCUCAAACCUAUAAAAUUGAGAAAUGAAUGUA